AUGCAGAUGGCGGAGUGUGGCCGCAGCGGGAGUCUCCGUACGUUCAUCUUUCUUUCUUAUGUCGCAGUACACUCUCCCGAAACGUUUCUUUACGGUGACGUAGCCGAUCUCUCUUCUUCACCAGCACCACAGAAUCUCCGGCCCAUGACGACUACGGGAAGAAGAAAGUCGUUCGCCAUCAAAAUGUCGGCGGAGACACCAUCGCCGUCCCAAUCGCUGUCUCAUUUCAUCACACUGCCUUUCCACCCCUCCCAUCCUGUCUUUGUUGUUGCUGCCAACGGAGUCUGCCUUCCUGUGAGAGAUUAUUGA